AUCGUAAAAUUGAACUGUCGCGCGAAGGUAGGUAGGUGUGCAUGAUGGCGGUGAAGUGGGAGUACCAAGUGGGCCCUCUGACGCUCAACUUCCGCGUUCUGCUGGAGCCCAAAGGAUUUCUAAGGAUCCUGAUGGUGAUUAUAUCAAUCCUAACCUUCUCCAUUACUGCUGGUUUCACAAACGUCCCAAACAACAACUCCCUCUCGUGCACAACAUCUGACAACGUGUCCAGAGAAGUGAGUCUCGAAUUCAACUACCCGUUCAGAGCCCAGAACUUCAAAGCAGUGUACAUUCCGUUCGACGAGUUCAUCGCAAAUGUCUCGAGGAACGAGUCUUCUUGCCAACAGACGAGCGGAUUCGACACGCGGAGUUUCGCCGGGUUCGCGCAGUAUUUCGUGGCGAUGGGUGUCCUGUCGUUCCUCUACUGUCUCGGAAUUCUGUUCGUCUACAUUCUGUUUAUUAAUCCGCAACUGUCGUUUGCCAAGUGGAUCAUUCUCUUUGACUUUGUUGCCAGUUUCCUCUUUGCGUUCCUCUACCUCCUUGCCGACAUACUCUGGUCUGCUGGCAUCUCUGGCAUGGACACCUACGUCGAGACUGAACUGAGACGACGCGGAGACAACUGUCUUCGUUGCCCCGGUAGCAUGAACACCGACUCUGGGCUGUUUGCUCAACCAGCUAUAUCAGUUGUGUUUGGCUGGCUGCUGUGUUUCGUGUGGCUGUCGUCCAUCUGGUUUGUCUACAAAGACACCCAUUGGCACAAGGACAGAGCCGGACCCCUCUCUGAGAACUACAGCCCGAACGAGGGCGGAGCCAACACCGAGGGUCCCGGACCUACACCAGCUCCAGCCCCUAUAAAAGUAGCCGAUACAACGUACUAAUUCUUCCUCCAACCAUGGAUUGAUCUUCUCCUGGAUAAACUGCAACAAGUAACGUACUUGAUGGGAUAUUAUGCAUGUAGUACAUCACUGUAUGAAUACUUCUUUAGUACUUAGCCGUUUUUGCUGUGAACAAAUUUUAUUUAACUCUGCGAUCGUAAGGGUAUGUGCAGGCUAUGCAGGGACUGUUAUGAAUUACUUAUUGAAGUUGUAGAAUAAUUCCUUGAUCUGUAGGAAUUUUGAAACAAUAGUGACAUCAAAACCAAAAGUUAAACUUUCUACGUUUAAUUGCAUUCCUAUAAUAAACCUUCAAAUAGCGCUGGGU